AGAAAAAUAUUCGAGCCGGAUGUCCACACAGUGACAGGCGAAAGUGGAGAGUGAAGAGCAGCGAGCUACAGUUAAAAAGUUAAAAGUACAGUUUAAUGUACAACCCAGAGACGAUAAAAUAAGCGAAAGAUUUCCUGAACAUGACAUCUAUCUCAGAGGACAGUGAUAAGGAGAAGGUGCACUCUGUAUCAGUCGACUUGAACAAUGAUUCAUCUCUCGUCAUUGAUAUCCCUGAUGCCCUCUGUGAACGUGACAAAGUCAAAUUUACCGUCCACACCAAGACCACACUUAGUUCCUUUCAGAAGCCGGAAUAUUCUGUGCAACGACAGCAUGAAGAUUUCAUCUGGCUUCAUGACACAAUUGUGGAGACUGAGGAAUAUGCUGGCCUCAUUAUCCCUCCUGCUCCACCAAAACCUGACUUUGAGGGUCCCCGGGAGAAGAUGCAUAAAUUGGGAGAGGGGGAAUCGAGCAUGACAAAGGAGGAAUAUGCCAAAAUGAAGCAGGAACUUGAACAACAGCACAUUUUUCCACUUGGACGAGUGCAUCGCGAACAGCUUACCUCGCGCAUGAAAUCAGCCGCAGACCAGCAAACCUCCUCCCACCCCAUGUUCAGAAAGGACAGAAACUUCCAGAUAUUCCUGGAAUACGACCAGGAUCUCACAGUGAGAAGGAAAAAUGCAAAGGAAAUGUUUGGUGGGUUCUUUAAGAACAUGGUAAAGAGUGCUGAUGAGGUCCUCAUCUCAGGGGUCAAGGAGGUUGAUGAGUUUUUUGAACAGGAGAAGAAUUUUCUGUUGGAUUAUUCCAGUAAAAUCAAAGAUGCCACUGCUAAGGCUGAGAAAAUGACACGUUCUCACAAAAAUGUUGCUGAUGAUUAUAACCACAUUUCUGGGGCUCUGAACAACACUGCUGCAGACAACAACACUGCCUUUAAAAAGCACUUAGAAAAAUGUGCUGAAGUGUUUGAAAAGCUUAGGAAAGUGGAGGACAGGAUGGCAUCGGAUCAAGAACUCAAGCUGACAGAAUUGUUGAGAUACUACACAAGGGACAUCCAGGCUGCUAAGGACCUGUUGUAUAGACGUGCACGGGCACUUGCCGAUUAUGAGAAUUCCAAUAAAGCUCUUGACAAGGCUCGUCUGAAGGGUAAGGAUGUUGCACAGGCUGAGGAGAACCAGAAGCAGUGUCUGCAGAAGUUUGACAAGCUCUCCGAGUCUGGCAAGAAAGAGCUCACCAGCUUCAAGGCAAGGCGUGUAGUAGCCUUCCGUAAGAACUUGAUCGAGAUGACUGAGCUGGAAAUAAAACAUGCCAAGAACAGCGUGUCCCUUCUGCAGGGAAGCAUUGAGAUCCUCAAGAGCAACUGACCCACACGAUGAGGCCACUGGAUCAUCUUGAGCUCCUUGCAUUGUUACCAGCCCAUUAGAGGGGAACCUGAAUGCAUCUACUUCAAAUGUCUUACAUGUGGUUCAGUAACCUCUCUAAAACAUGAAAACGAGCCACCACCAGCAAUGUCUCUACCAUGGUUACACUUUAUCUAGUUGUUUUUUAUCUAGUUGCUAUGCCCCCUUUUACUGCCUUACUGUAUCUUGCCACCGAAUUGAGGGCAGUGAACCAAAAGUUCUCCCAUUUAUUUGAAUUAUCAAUAACACCAUCCCUUUCUUUUUUUCUUUUUUUUUUAAGUAUUCCAGGUUUUGUAAGAUGAGAUGGAGACAUUUUAGCUAAGAUUACGCAGACAGAUUUAAAUAAUCGCAUUGAGAGAAGAAGAAAAAGUGCAUUGUUUCAGCAAUUUUGUGUUGUUUUGAUUAUGACUGCAAUUUUGUACCUUUAAAUGUGAUUUAUCUGCUUUUUGCUGUCACACUGGAAAGCUGAUAUAUAUACUAAUCAUGAACUAUUACGUAAACUUGACGUGUGACGACAAACAGAGCAGUAUAAACCUGAGAAGUGUUAUGUGACAUGGUAUGUUUCAGCUAUAUUUCUUUAUAACAUGUUUCUAUUCAGUCGAGAUUCAUCCGAAAUCAUGACCCAAUAUGUCACAGAUUACUAGAUAAAAAUGUUGCUUACAGUUUACCAAGGAAAUGUUGAUCAAAUUCUAUGUCAAAUUAGCCUUUGCCAGGAUCAAAAACAGCACUUUUUGUAUUGAAUCUGAUUAUUUUUAUUUUAAACUGUAGACUGACUCUAAUAUCCCCAUUUGGCGUGUGUGGGUAAAUUGUACAACUCUAAAUUUCCAGUUACUAGAAGUAGUUUUUUUAUGGUAAAGGUUACACAGCCAUGAAUAAAAUGAUGCUUCCAUAUAUGUGUGAGCAAGAAACUGUUUCCCUCAAGUGAGCUGCAUGUUU